UCCCUAGGUUCCAUUAAAAUACUCUAAAAAAAUAUUGUUUUUCGCCUGAAAGCGGGGGCAAGGCGUACAAUCUAUAUAAUCUACGUAGUAAAAAAAGCCAUAAUACGAGGUUAUACAACACACACACACACACACACCAACAGACUUCGGCCCACACAUAGGCUCCCAGCGACGGAAUGAGCAGCCAGGGACACCACAAGAUGCAUAGAUCGUCCUCCUCCACCGGCAAGAGUAACAAACCUGAGCAGGAGUUCACCGAUGAAAUCGAUCUGUGCGACCGCUUCUCGGCUGACAUGGCUCGACUCUGCAUGAACGAGCACUACUCGGACGUGGAGUUCGUUGUCGAGGAGCAGCUCCUGCCGGCCCAUCGCGUCAUUCUCGCAGCGCGCAGCGAGUACUUCCGAGCCCUGCUCUACGGGGGCAUGUCAGAGACGACACAACGACGGAUUACGCUGGAGGUGUCGCUGGAUCCGUUCAAAGUGCUACUGCGGUACAUUUACUCGGGCACGUUGCUGCUGUCCACCUUGGACGAGGAUGCCGUGAUUGACGUCCUCGGCAUGGCAAACCAGUACGGGUUCCAGGACCUGGAGAUGGCCAUAUCCAAAUAUCUGCGUCAGUAUCUGGCCCUCAGCAAUGUGUGCAUGAUUCUGGAUGCAGCGCGCCUCUACAACCUGGACGAGCUGACCAAUGUGUGUCUGGCGUUCAUGGAUCGCAAUGCUCGCGACUUGCUGCAGCACGACUCGUUCAAAAUGCUCUCCAAGGAAUCUCUAGAGGAAGUGCUGCGACGGGACUCCUUUUUUGCCGCCGAGGUGCACAUCUUUCAGGCCGUUUGGAAAUGGAGCCGGUACAAUCCGAAUGUGGACAUCAAGUCGGUCGUCUCGUUCGUCCGUCUGCCACUCAUGAAUCUCGAGGAUUUGCUGCAGGUGGUGCGACCCUCUACCAUUCUCGAGCCGGACAAAAUACUCGAUGCCCUUCAAGAGAGGAGCACCUCAAAGUCGCUGCCCUACAGGGCCGCCCUGUGGCCCGAUGAGAAUGUGGCCACGGAAAAGCAUGAUUCGCAUUGCAUUCAGGGCGAUUGCCGGUCCGCCCUGCUCGACGGAGACGUCACCGACUACGACAUGGAGAACGGGUACACGCGACACUCGAUCACGGAAAACGAUGCCGGCAUUGUCGUCGAACUGGGCACCACCUUCAUGAUAAAUCACAUCCGCAUGCUGUUGUGGGACCGGGACAGUCGGGCCUACUCCUACUACGUGGAGGUCUCUGGCGACAUGAUGCACUGGGAGUGCGUGGUAGACUACAGCGAGUUCCACUGCCGAUCCUGGCAGUAUCUGUACUUUCCGGCUCGUGCGGUCCGCUACAUUCGGCUCGUGGGCACACAGAACACCGUCAAUCGGGUGUUUCACGUGGUCGGACUGGAGGCCAUGCACACGAGCAAUGUGCCCGAUUUGGUCGGCCACUUUGUGGCCCCCCAGCGCAAUGUGGCCACUGUCGAUCUGAGCGCCAUUGUCACGGACGGGGUCAGCCGCACCCGCAAUGCCCUCAUCAACGGCGACUAUGUGCGCUAUGACUGGGACUCGGGAUACACCUGCCACCAGCUGGGCAGCGGCGAUAUCGUUGUCCGCCUAGGGCAGCCCUAUCACGUGGGCUCGAUGCGUCUGCUGCUGUGGGACUGCGACGAUCGCACCUACAGCUUCUACAUUGAGACCUCGACGAAUCGCCGCGACUGGCAAAUAGUGGUGGACCGGCGCAAUGACAAGGUUCGCUCCUGGCAGAACUUUCAUUUCACGCCCCGGCCCGUUGUCUUCAUACGGAUUGUGGGCACCAGAAAUACAGCGAAUGAGUCCCAAAUACAGAUAUUCCACUGCGUCCAUCUCGAGUGCCCCUCGCAGGACAAGAGCUAUCUCAAGGAAAAGGAGAAGGAAAAGGAGUUUGCACGAGAGCGUGAACGGGAACGCAAACGAGAUCUGGGAAAUCUGCUCAAGCCGAUUACCCCAACUGAUGACAACAUUGCCUCCACCUCAGCGUCAGCUAUAGCCGCCCUUGCAGCUAUCGGCUCAUCAGCGGCGGAUGAGCCCAACGAGAACGAGCUCAAAAGGAACAUCCCUUUUUCGACGCAGCCAGCUGAUGCACUGCUCGAUGUUCCAUCGAAGGCGGAGGCGGAGGCACAGCUUGAACCAGACACACCAGACAAAGUCUCCUCAGCGCCGCCUUCCCCUGUAACAACAUCCACACCUGCAGAAGCACAAGCUGAACCACCUCUACGGCAGGAGAAGGACAAGGAAAAGGAGAAAGAAAAGGAGCAGGCUGCACUGCCCCAACCUGAUGUUGAGUCUGUGCCAACACCCCUCCUGGUCGAGCUGGAGACAAAUGAACCAGCAGCCAGCAACAACAGCAGCAGCAGCAGCAACAACAGCAGCAGCAGAAGCAGCAGCGGUCCUUCAUCCCCAGCGACGCUGAGUGCUGAGGGCUGCUGAAAAGGAAGCUUAUAUAUUUUGUACUUUGUUUCAUGAGUGUCCGCCACUCUAAAUACUCCUGUGGUCAAAUUGUAAUUGUUGUAGACGUAGACCCCUUACACCCAAUGCUCCCAUUGCACCCAUUGUAGAGUGUGUCCUUGUGAGCCGUCCCCAGUUUAGUUGCAAUCCUGCACCGUAUUUGCACCGCCGUAUUUGUUAUCUAGUCCUUCCCAGUGCCGUCAACCCAAGACACGCUCGAAACAUUCGCAUCGCUAAUUGUUGUUUUACAUAUGUAUGUACGUUUUACGCGUAUUUAACUUGUUUUAAAAAUGGUUUUUUCCAAUACUUAAUUGGAUAGGAGCUCCCUUUGUUUGCCAGGCAUCAGAGAUAUUUUAUUUCAUAAGUUUUACCACUUAAUUGUACAGAUUGUGCGGGUGAGUCCCAGCAGCCGGUGAACCAAAAUUGUAUACGAUAUGCAUCCCGGGGCAAUCCCAACCGAUACGCGACACCCGAUACGGGAUACGGAUGUGCCUCUACACAUACCAAAUUUUAUGAAAAUUUUAAAUAUUCAAAAAAUAUCAACUGCACUUCGCAUUAAGCUCCCAUAGGUAGUUAAAGUAAGAGGAAAGCCCUCACAGAUCACAGUUUCUGUAGGAUAGUAGGCUGGCUAUCCCUUGUGUGGUUUCCGAGCACGAUCUUGCCCCGGGUGUACACCAAAAUUUAAGUUAUUAAAAUUAUACUUACUACUUGUCGUAUAUUAUGCAAUUUGUAUCAUAGAUAAUGCAUACACUUCAAUGGAAAUUGCACCCAAAAUAAAACCUAACCAAAAAUGUUCCACACAAA